GAGCUCCUCUCUCCCCUGCACACCACUCCUCUCUCUCCCCCGUGCAGCGAACCCUAGCACUCCCCGAUCCAGAUCCCUCCCCUCCUCAUCCCCUCGCCGCCAUCCACCGCCGCUCGUCGCCCUCCACCGCCACUCUGCCGUUGCACCGCACCGCCCCGCCUGCCUGCCUGACCGCUCUGCCUGCUACUGCUACUGCUACCUGCAACUACACCCACGCCACACCCAUCCCUCAUCCUCCUCCACUUGUUCCGGUGGUACCACUCGCUCGGAGGCUACAGCAAGAGCUAUAGCCCGCGCGCGCAGGCCUGUUCCGCCAUGGUGUACCAGUACCACCACCAGCAGGACCAUCCGCUGGGGAUGGACGGUGUGGCGGCGGCGGCGGGGAACCCUAGCGGUGUCGUCACGGUGAACAGGCGGACCAACGUGUGCCCACUUCUGCAUCGGCAGCUUCACCAGCUCAACCUCACCGUCACAAGAAGAAUUAACCUGGGAAGCAAAUGGAGCUUAUAGGGGCCAAAUUGUUGUUGGCAGUGUCUAUAGAAAUCUUGAACAAGUGUUGCUGGGAGACUAAUUCAGUAUGCUUUGCAGGGUGUAGCCUGAUGUAGAGAACCAUGGCACUUUUGAAACCAAACCCCGUGCGGCGAGUCGACGAGGUGCCGCCCGAUGAUGACGGCUGCGACGACGCCCUUGAGACCGACGGGCGGGGCAUCGGGGACGACGACCCCUUCGACAUCCCCGCCAAGCGCGCGCCCGUCGAGAGGCUAUGGCGGUGGAGGGUUGUUAUGACGCGAACAAGCUGCUGUUGCAGGUGGACGACUGCUCAUGGCUGCUCAACCUAUCUCUCCUACCCCCACACGUGAUGCUAGGCUUUCAUGUUUCUUCGCAAGCAUCAUGACAAAGAAGAAGAAGCAUAGUUCAAUGGAUCUAGUUAUGGGAGUAAUGAAGCCCAUAUGAUGCUUCAUUACUAUACACUUGUAGAGCUAUUUGUUUGAUUGUGAACUUAAUGCUUGUCACAUUUAUAUGUGUUCUAUUAUGUAAAAGAUUGCUAUUUGCUAUUGUUUGAAGUA